CACUAGUCGAGCUUGAAGAUGGCGACCAAGACAUACGACGGUAACUGCCUGUGCGGUGGGGUGGCCUGGCAGAUCCAGGGGGAACCAUUCACGUAUGUGAUCUGCCAUUGCGUCAACUGCAAGAAGUCAGGGGGAGGACCUUUCCAGGCCAACGCCUUCUUCAAGCCCCAGAACGUGAACGUUAUCAAAGGCAAAGACCUGGUCAAAGACUACGUCGACGGGGAUACCAAGAGCGGAAACGCCAUUACUAGGUCGUUCUGCUCCAACUGCGGGUCGUCGCUCUUCAUUUCCCCGGCUGCAGGUGGUAUCACCAUCGUUCACUCCGCCAAUAUUAAAGGAAGCGAGGCUUGGGUUCCAAGGAAGGAAUUCUUUGGCCAUGACAAGUGUAACUGGCUUGGGGAGAUCAAGUUCCAGCCGAAGAAGGUUGCUAUAGUUGGAAUGCUAUGAAUCGCGCUAUACAUAUACAUUCAGAACUCGCCCUCGAGCUUCAUGUCGUCCAGAUGAUCUUCCUCUCGGAAAUAGCUACAAACCUGGAAUACAACUGUUUUUAUAUACCCUUACUCAAUGGAAUACAAACUCAUUUCCGUA